AUGUCGGGGUUUGAGAUUGCCGGCAUCGUCCUUGCGGUGCUACCGCUGUUCGUCGAGGCCGGCAAGUUCUCGGCGUCGACGGCGUCGCUGCUCAAAAAUGCCGCCGGCAGGUCCACCCGCGACCGGAAAUUGACCGAGUUCUACGACGAGUUCUACUGGGAGACAUACGAAAUGCACAAACAAAUGGAGCAAAUCGUCUCCAGUCUGCCGGAUCUGUCCGAGGAACGCAGGAUGCAGAUCCUCAACGACAGAGAGGUUCAGUCGUGCGUCGACGGUUGGGCUGCCGGCAGCGAUCUCGCUCAGGCCCUGCACGCCUUUUUUGCCAGUGACAAUGAUGUCGCCGUCUUCCUCGAGACCAUGGAUAAGGUCUUGCGACUUUUCUACCAGCUUAUCGAAGACGAGACAGUCAAGAUCUCAAAGUCCGAUAUAGACUUUGAGAGGAUGUCGGAGAAGAUGAAGAUUUUCCAGGCCCAAAAAGCUCAGCCUAGCGGAUUCUGGGAACGGCUGAGGUUUCUAAGGCGGGAAAAACGACGGGACAUCUGCCUCGCGAACUUGCGUAGGUGGAGAUGCAGACUUGAGCGGACCAUUGACUAUGCCACCAGGAGAGCAGAGAAGCAGAACCACCAUGGACACCAUCCCACCGGGGACGGGCUGGCAGACUCCGAAGCGGAGCAUCUGCUCCACCUUCGAUCUAUGUCGAAGAGGCUAUUUCGGACCCUAUCGGCGUACUGGGUUUGUGGCUGCGGGAUAGCCCAUCAAGCACGACUGUCCUUAGCCGCCGCCUCCGAGAGGACGCCCCCUAGAUUGAAACGGACAGAGCUGGACCUAGCAUUUCUCAUCAAGGGACAUGGGCCUUGGAAUGAAAUGUUGGUUGUCAUGAAGGAUAUCUCAGCAAUGACGACACAAUGUUCCGAGUUGGGGCCAAUCUGUGCUGCUAUUGAGGCUAUAAAUGGCAGAGCAGCCCAGUACGGUCUACGUCUCGUGGUUGAGGACUCCGAAACUCCGUGCACGCCGCGGAGGAUCUUUCUACUGGAACCCGCGCCGCGGAAGCUCGGGAUUCCUACCGUGGCAGCGCCCGUCUCCUUGAGGGACUUGCUUCUUGCGACACAACAGCCGGGAGAACUUCUUACUAAGCGCCGGCUGGCUCUGACAUUGGCAUAUUCGGUUCUCCAGUUCCACGAAAGCGCGUUCUUCAGCAGCAACCCAUGGAGCGAGGACCAGAUUUUCUUCUUCCAUUCGCCCGCGUCGAGAAACGCGAUUAAUUACCAACAGCCCUAUAUCGAGUCGGCUUUUGGAGAUACGGAGGGUGGUAUCCCAGGUAGCAGCGGAGCGACUCCAGGAAUCUUCCAUCCCAAUAUUGGUAUCCUCAGACUGGGGGUGCUGCUUAUCGAGUUGCACACCUGGCUGCCGAUCGAGAAGUUCCGGGAUGGCCAAGACACCACUCCAAACGCAGAUUAUGCGACAGCCCUGCGAGUAUUGGACAUGGCUUUGGGAGACUGUUUCCCCACGUAUAAGAGCGCGAUCCGUGCAUGUCUGGAUGUCGAUUGGGUACCGGCCGGCUCGAGAGUCAGCCUGGAGGACUCGACGACGUGUGACGGUCUCUAUCGAAACGUUAUCCUUCCCAUACAGGAGGAAAUUGAAUGGGGCGAAAGAAUGGCCAGAAAGCAUAGUAGUGUGGCUAGACUAGGCGUUCCUUAA